AGAAACCCCAAAAUCCCGCCCUUUCAUCGUCCCAGCCUCCUUUUCCUCCCUCCCCCGCCUCCAGCAAAUCUUCAACCAUGGCAGAUCAAAUCACAGACUACUCCAAGACCCAACGCAUACUUCUUCUCAUAGACCUAACCCCGCUUCUCGACCACUCCCCAACCCCUUACAUCACUUCCCUUCUCUCCUCCAUCAAACCCCUUCUCUCUUUCCCUCCUCUCUCCACUUCUCUCUUUUCUUUCAAACUCUUCUUCUCCUCCCUUUCCCCUCUUCUUUUCUCUUCAAAACUUCCCUUCCCUCCUUUUUCCCUCUCCUUUGACCACCCCAACAAUACCCUUCACUCUAUCACAACUUCUCUCACUUCUCUCUUGCCUAAACAUGAGCAAUCUUCUUUUUCUUCGCUUUCGCCGAGGGCAGCCCAUGUGGCUGCUAUGUUACAGGAGAUACUUCAUGAGUAUGCCUGGGACUCUGAUUCAUGCAAUUCUAUAAUGGGUAUGUCUCAAAGUUCUGAUUCUUUUGUCAUCAAGUCUAAUUUGGUUAUUCUGUUUUCACCAAUUUUGAGGUCUUUUAAGUUUGUUUCGGAGUUUUUCAACGUGGAAUUGAAUGAUGGGUGUUUGAGAGAAGGAAGUUUGUUUCACGAGAAGUUUUGUGGGGUUUUUGAGAGUGUUAGUGAAGGGUUUGCUAGUAAAGAUAUUCGCUUUGUUUGGGUUGAUGUGAAAUGUGAAGUUGGAUGUGUUGGUUUCGAUGAGUCCGAAGUGGUUUUUGAGUUUUUCAGGAGGGGGAUUAAGGAUUUAGGUUGGGGGUUUUGUUCUAGUAAUUCCAUUGUGUUAGGUUCUGCUCUUGUUCCCUUUGGUUUGAUUUAUCCUAGGAUUGGUGUUUCGCCGAAAGUUUUUGAUUUUAAUGCUUGUUGUAAGAGAGUUUGCGCGCAAUUGAGUCUUGAGAUAUUAGAUGUGAGUGAAAAGCCUUUGGAAUGUAAGUGUUGUGAUCUUGAAUUGAUUAACUUGGACGUGUUUUCUAGAUUUAGCCAGAAAUUCAUGGAUUUGGAAUCAGGUAGUUGUGAACGAAGGGAGAUGGUUUUGGAAGAUUUUGGUGGUGGAGUUGCGAAAUUACAUGUUAAGGCAGUACAAAUGCAUGGUAAAGGUGUAAAAUUUGAGGGGCCAUUGUCAGAUCCAAUUCUUGUACGCGAGCUUUCAAGGGAUGUUGCGAAAGAUCAAAAAGAAAAUUGCAGUGAGUUUUUUGAAGAUAAGGUUCUUCAGAUGUUGGGGAUUGAAAUGGGUGAGUUUGUAUCUAGAAAAUCCACACCCAUCUGGCAAAUUCUUUUGAGUUUUCUAUACAGAGAAGGUUAUUGGGCUCUGGUUUCUCUUUCAAAGGGUGAUGGCAACUUGGUUACAGGAAUCCUCAAGCCUUUUACAGUUUCUUCAGCUCUUUUCUUUAUUGCAGGAGAUCAAUUUCACCCUCCUGUAGUUGCAGGUAAAUUUGAUGGAGUGAGUAUGGGUCAAGUUGUUAAGAAGACAGAAAAUGAGGCUUUCAAACAAAAAAUCAAUUUGAGCCACACCAAUGGACUUAUUGGUUCCCAAUCUGGGCACUCACCAUUUGAUAAGUGUGCUGAACUAGGAGGCUGUAAAAGGAAGAAGAAAAGGAGUUCAAAUACGCUCAAGGAACUGACAUGGAGGGCCUUCUGCAAGGCAGCACAGGAAGAUUUUCAGAUAGAUUUAGAAGAGGUUUACUUUUCCAGGGGAUGCAAUCAGUCAAAGAAGUUGAAAUUCCUGAAAUGCUGGAUGAAACAGAUUAAGAAAUCUAGCUAUUGUAGCUGGGCCAUGCCAGACAGUUUCAAUUCAUGCCAGGACAUCCCAAAAGAAGUACAUGACAGAUUAAAUGCGUUGCCUCAGGAAAGUGAACAGCCAGUGACUUCUUGUGCUUCAAUAGGAGAGGAUUCUUUGACAGGGGCUUCUAGAAUACAGGAUGAAGCUGCUCUUGAUUUUCACUCUGGAACUUUGGAAAGUUUCUUCAGUGACCUUCCCCACAAAAUCCAGCAAGGACUUGAGUCUGAAGAAGUAGACUUGGGGACAUUGGCUGAGCGACUGGUGAAUGCAUCUAUCUAUUGGUUAUAUCAAAAGUGUGAAAAGGAAACGACCUCAGAGAAUCAAACCACUGGUAUAAAAUCUGGCAGUGCUACUGCUAGUGUUGUUGCUAUUGAGCUAGCAAAACUUCUACUUAGGGAGCCUAAAGAUUUGGCUGCUAUAUACAAAGACAGUGAUGCAUCUAACCCUAGUUUUGCUGAGGCUACAUCAGAAAAUAUAGCUAGAGUAUAUGAACUGCAGAUUUUGUUUCGUAUGGAGAUACUGCAAUCAGAGGUUGGAGCAAGUAUUGGGGAGUCUACGAAACAUAGAUUUGUGAAACAUAUUUGCUUGCUUUUAGAGACCAUUCAAUGCCAUCUGAACGGGGGCUUUUUUGGUGAUUGGAGCCUCGAUGCAUACGUGCGAAAGAUUAUAAAUAACAGGUACUGUCAGAGUCUUGGUGGUGUUGUUCACAAAAUCUAUGAAAAAAUGGAUUUAUUGCUGUUUUCUGAGGAAGAUGAAUUGCCUAAUUCUGUCCUCAACAGUGAGGACAGUAAUCAAACAAGGAGAGAAGAAAUAGAACGAGCUAAAACGGAUGAUAAUAAUAGAAUUAAUGAUUCAGUCUCAGCAGAAGACGAGUCACUUCAACAUGUGGAAAAUGAGUUUCAAAGCCCCCAAGGUAUGAGCCAGGAGGAGCAUGCUCGAAAACUAAUUGAAGCUCAAGCUAGAAGACAGAGGGCUCGAAGAUUUGCAUCUUUCACUAGCUGGGUUCCAGAUUUGCAGAGAGUUUGGGCACCAAAGCAGCCAACGGCAAUGAAAAUGAAGUCAGAUCCUCUUCGUAAGCUGGCAAAAAGAAAGGAAAGAAGACGGGUAAAUUAUGAUGUGGUUUUAGACACCCCAAUGACUGGAAACAAGGGAGGAACCAGCAGCGAUGACAGGAACCACCAAGCUUAUGGGACUUCCUUGUGUGGUUCUGUUUCCAAGGCUUUGUUUCAAGAUGAUGACUCGAGCUAAGUGCAACAGUUCAUACUGUGACCUAAUGUUUAUAUUUUUUUUUUUUCUAAAAAAAGUUUAACGAAAACCUUCAAUGGAAAUCAUAAAGGCUUAAUGGCCAUGCAUAAACUUACAUUUUAGCACUACUGCUGACAACUUUUACCAAACUGUAGUUAUAACUUGUAACAUUACAGUUAAGAGUGGUAAUUUUUGUCUUCCAUCA